CACAUCUGUAACACCGGGCUUACACAUCCCGAAAGAACGAGCAUUUACAAAUCCAGCUCGCUCGCAUAAGUCUUGCGGCAGCCGCAGAUCGAUUGGGGGCAGCUCGCAUGGUUCUCCGUCUCAGACUCAGAUGGGUGUUCCCGCGCUGUCUCAUCGGCGACCUGGUUCAGCACGGCCUCCGCGCAGAUCGUUUCCGUCGAUGCCCUGUGGAUAUUCCUGAUCGCUCCCAGCGCCAUUCAGUUCAAAAUGCAAACGGACUUGACGCGCGCCCAAGUCCGCCAGACGGAUGACUCACCUCAACCGUGUCAUCAUGCAGGGAAUCAGUGGCGGUACACAGUCCCCGUCUCUAAUUGACGUAAUCGAGCACUAUGCAACCAUCAAGUACGCGAGAUCCUUGACGGGGAUCGAGGCAAGCUCGAUACGUAGUAGAUGUGC